AUGUCCCAUCUCCCACCCCAUGUAUCUCUUUCAGAACAGGUUCUCUCCUCAGUCGUCUCCCUCCCUGACAAUCCAGUCAUAGCCUAUACCACUUUCACAACACAAAGCACCACCAUUCGACCUUACGAAGCCUUGGAACUCGCUCGCAGGCUGCUUGUCAAUCGAAAUAAAGGCCUACCGCUCUUAGAUUCCCUCUUGCCGUGCGUAAAUGUCUCUCAGGACUUAUCUGCACUCCAGGUCUUCGCCAUCACCUCGCGGGACCACGUAUCCGCCAAACUCGCUGCCAUUAAGGACAUCUCCUUUGACGGGCUGACUGUUUCAGGAGAAUCCUCAUUUACACCCCACGACCUGUAUCCGUGUUCGCUCGCCUGCUCAGAUGACCAAUCACCUUGCCCAUCCUGUCUGAAACGUGACCCCUCUUCACUCUCGCAGUCAACUUUGUCAUCUCCCGCUUGUCUCCUUCCCCGCAAGCCAUUAAGAAGCGCCUACUAUCACUUCCUGGAUGCCGUACGUAAGCGUCUUAUUGAUGAUAUCUCCGAGGCGUCCAGGAAAACCCCGCACGGCCGUUGUGCAAGAGGAUUUCAAGAUGGUUUUCUGCUGAGUCCACCACGCUCGUACUUCGACUGGGGCGUGGAUUGGCAACAUCAUGUUAACACCAGACCUUUCAUACACUGCCAUCUUGAGAUUCACCUCGCAACAUCUCGCCUCGAGAUCCACCCUAUUAUCCGACCCACUCACUUCUCACCCCUUUCCGUCCACCUACCACUUGCUCCGGGAACUCCCAUCGCAUUAAUGCCAUAUUCUACUCCAGCUUUUUUUCUCGCGACCUACACUGGGCCUACAUCAGCUCUAUCUGCACAGUUUGAACAAUCCUUAGCAGGUCUUGGUGCCGGAGAUUGGAAAACCAUGACAUCCCCUUACUCACAUUCUGUAAGUAAUGGUAAGCAUCGAAGUGCCGACCCUUCUGCACGUAAGUAUCCGAUGUAUAUCAUCGCUUGGCUAGCGGUGGAGAACAAACAAGGCGAAGACAAAGGCAUGAAUAUCAUCUGGCCUACAGAAUUGUGCCUUUCUUAUUUGCCAUCAUCCAAAUCUGCUCAUGCACGACAGACGCUCGCGUACAUCCCGGACUUACCUCCCCCACUUCAACCUUCCCCUCCGCCCCCACCGCCACCCGCUAUUUCGAUCAGUUCGCCUGUGUCUGCAGGAGGGGAUGGUGGCCCAACUUCACCUAUCGAACUGAACAGCCAUCGCAUUUCUCGGCCGGUUAUCAGCCGAAUAUGUACUUCUCCCACAGGCGAAUAUCUCCGAGCUUUUCGUUCGCUCACGGUCUCGAAGUCGAAGGGUUUGGAUGAGAUAGCGACAGAAGUAGGAGGUUAUGUUGAGGUAGUGGCGAAAGAACGAGAGAAGGAACGGGAGCGAAUACGGCGAGAACGAGAAAACGCACACUUUUCUGCUUCACCUAGAGCAGUUGUUACUCCACCAACUGCUCUGCCUUCGAGUAUCACACCUGGAGUAUCUAUGCUGGCCACAACAUCCGUUGAUAUAGUCGCAACGCCUCAGCAUUCACAACCUCCUGCAUCUGCCCAAACUUCACCCACUACAGUUGCUUCGAAUCAAGACUCGCAGCCCGUAUCCAUUCCUCACCAGCAAUUUUAUCCUUCGCCCCCUCAAACAAACCUACCAAGUGGUGCUCAUUCUACAGGUCAAGACUCUCUCAUGUCCUCCGUGGAGCCGACAUCUGCACUUCCCACCACCGCAGCGAGUGAACCAGAACCAGUCGUUAAUGACCCAAUCCCUCAGCCCGAAAACAUAUCGUCUUCUUCCUCGUACGAUCCUUUCAACAUGGAGCCUUCUUGGGCACAAUCCAACGAUGACUUUAUGAGCAUAGGCAUGGAUUAUAACAUGUCGUUUGGUAUCAGUAUGGACCCUAUAGGUGGCGGCGGAGCCGGUGGUGGAGGUGCUGCUGAUCGUCUGGAUAUGGAUUUUGAAGAUGGAUUCACUUUUACAGAUGACGAUUUCAGUUUCUUUGAUCGCCCAUCGGCAAGUACUCGGCUGCCUGCCGUCGCUGACUCUACAUUGGAAAACACGACCAUAAAUACGGGCUUGACCCCUGCCGCGGGCCCUGCUCCAUUAGGUCUCUCCCCGCCAACCUACGGGGAUGGGAUACAUUUCUCAGGCUCAGGCUCAGGCCCUGGACCACCACCCACCCCUGGGCAGCUUCAUUUUCCACCAUGGAAUCCCGGUGCUUUGGCCGAAGGCUAUUCCCCUCGAUUCAUUGACCAUCCUCAUGCGCAUGAUGUGAUACCCCCAGCACCAGAUUUGCUGCCUCCCUCUCCUGGGAAGACCCCCUCGUCUCAUUCGGCGCCUGUGACCCCAAAUGUGCAUGUCUAUGGUUCUGAUGCCUACAGACCAACUUCGUCGAAUUCGAAUAUUUUCGAUCCCAUUCCGUUUGCGAAUAGUCACAGGAUAGCUGAUGGGAAAUAUACGUUUGGUAAAUUUGCGUUACCUAGUCCGCCUGAUGAAGAAGAUAGAACGGAACCUAUACCACUAUCAUCUUCCCCGCUACAUCUUCAGGGUUGGAAGCUCAGGUAUAACGCAGUCACAGACCCCCGAAUUGGUGUUGUGCGCAAGUUGAUCGGCGUCAAGAGGAAAAGUUUUGAUCAGGGUUCUCGAGAUCACAAGUCGUUUUCGUCUUGGAAGCGCGAACACGAAGAUUGGGUCAGUAGCAACGUUGUUGACGACGUUGAAGAGAACAAGUCUGAUGCAGAAUCGGAAGACGAUGAUGUUGAAAUUGACGACCUGCCAGUGGCUUCCAGAACCUCCACCCCACCUCCAGCCUAUCUACCUAUGGGUCCUACUUUAUUGCAUACAUAUUUUCAUCACUCUCUCUUGUUACCACUGAGCAAUCCCCUCAGACCCCCAGGUGCAGCAGUCGCUCCGACCAAUAUCCCCACUGUAGCUCCAACGUCUGUUCCCACACCUGUCUCUCCCGCUGCAGCGUUGGGGACGGCUUCUGAAAAGUCUAAAUUUCUGGAGGCGGCUGGAUAUAUGGUGGCUAGUGAGAUGGUGGAGAAUAGUGUAUGGGCCGAUGCUUGGCGGUCAAACUUUCUUUCUGCCUCUGUUAGACCGACAUCAGAAAUAUGGAAAUCAGACGUUAGUACCUUGGUUCAACUGGUGAAAGACGUUCCGGACAUGGAGGGCCCUCUUGAUCUACAGACCCUGUUUCAACUUAAAACAGAACAUACUUCCCAAUUGGAAGAGACAGUGCUCCAGAAAUUGGAACCGCCCAUGUUUUCGAUUUGUAAAUCCGAUUCAGUGAUCCAAGUUCUUCCAUCUGCAAUACGUUUCUGGGAGAAAUUAGGAUUAGGACCACUUGGAGGGAAGAAGGACAUAAUUGCUUUUGUGUUGUUCGACGAGGAAGGGCCAGAGAAACAGAACCAAGCAGAGGGGUGGCUCAAUAGCAUAUCUGUCAUGUAUACGGCGAAACAACUAGGCACUCACGUACCUGGAAGCUGCACUGGCUGCCCAAAAGAUGGGAUUAUGCCUUUACGGUUCGACUCGUUUCGCAAGUCUCUUGCCUCUUUCGUCGCUAGUUUACCGACCUCUCAGUCAAGUCUGGUGUUCUACAUCGUCACUCCAGAUACAGCCAUGUCGCUGGCCUCGCCACUCCUUCGACAAGUUUUUUCCGCUGUAAAGCGAGCACAGAAAACAUACUCGGAAGCUCAGAUUCUUUUUCAAUUCGUACCCGAGCGGCUCAUAAGGUCUGUGGGUAGUUCUACCAAUCAAGACAUGGAUAUCGAAGCGCUGUGCUACUCCGUCUACCGCCGCGUUCCACAACCCGUCGAUAGGUACAUGUCACGACGAUUUUCUGAGAACGGAGAGAGAAUUCGAAAUUAUUUCCAAGAGCAGCCUUUCACUCUCGCCCGACCGUUAUGUAAUCGAGUCAGCUUCACUUUACAGAGCCCGGCACGCACGCUCGACGUAGUGGACCGUCAUACUCUUCUGCAUAUCGGUUAUCAGACGUCGGCGUGUGGGAAAUGGCUGAUUGCUGCUUGUGUCGAUCAAAGGGGUGAAGCGCACGAUCUUGGAGUCUGGUUAAUCCAGGGCGAUUGGGAAGCAUUUGUGGUGGAGCAAGUGUGGAAAUUCGCGGUGCAAUUUGCUCGGAAGGCAAAUAUUGAAUGGCGUCUGAUUUUUACUAAAUUAGGCUCCAUGAGUGAGAACGAGUUAAAUGCUUGGUCAAGUCAUUUAGCUACAGUGGUCCCAGCAUGUAGCGAAUUACCUCCUUUCUAUGUCUCCCUAUUUUCCGUCGACCAAGGCAUGCCAUGGACCUUCAUAUCGCCCAAGAGUAGCGUGAACCCCAGUACGCCGAAGCGAUCACCCGGAAAGGAUUGUACGAAACACAUAUAUCUGGACGUCUCUGCGACUACCUACGCGCUAUUUAGUCCGUCACCGAUGCCUUUGAUGUCACCCCUCUCUUCUGCUACACGAGAUGGUGCCGAUGUGUCGACUAUCCCAGAUAACGAGGAGAUGCCUCCACGCGACACGUUAGGUGUAAUGCCACUAUCGACCACCAUGCUCAUACGCGCACCAGCGGCCUCGGGGCACACGGCGAUUACUAUGAUCCAUAUACAUCUGCUUCACUCCAUGAAAUCACCCAACUCAUCGCUGAGUACAUCGGACCAUGAAACACAUAAGGACGUCACUCGUAACUUUCAUGAGCUGGCUGUACUCUCAGAGUCCACUCACAGGCUUCGUGCAAACCCUAUUUUACCGUUUCAUCUUGCUGCUCUGGAAACCAUGCAUGGUGCACUGACGCAAGGAGACGUGGAGUAA